AUGGAUGUAACCCGCAUUUACCAGGUGGUUGAAUAUACCCCCAGUAGAUGCUUUCGAGAGUUUGUGCGCGAAGUGACCAACGACCGACGCCUUGGAGAUAGGGAUCCAUCUAUGGCAAUAUUAGCUGAUACAUCAAAGUUGAGAGGUAAUUCUAGCUAUGGAUCACUUAUCAUGGAUCAGUCUAAACAUCGGGAAAUAAAACAUGUGAAAGGAAUUGAAGAAGCCACCAUAGAAGUGAAUGAUUCCAAAUUCAUUAAUCUCACCGAUCUAGGACACCAUGUUUACGAAAUAGAAAAAGCAAAAAGUAGAAUUUCUUAUGACCUCCCAGUCCAACUUGGUUAUUUUAUUUUACAAUAUGCCAAAUUAAGGAUGUUGCAAUUUUAUUAUGACUUUGUUGACAAGUAUGUGGAGAGAAGUGACUUUGCCUACUGCGAAAUGGACACUGAUAGUGCUUAUAUGGCCAUAUCUGGGCGUAACCUGGAGUCCAUCGUUAAACCAGAACUCAUAGGUGAAUUCCGUCAUGGGUUAAUGAAUUAG